AUGAAGUUAUUAGUUAUUUUUCUAGCUCUAAUAGGCCUGUGUGCUGGUAGUGCACUACCUGUAAUACCAGGGGAUAAUAGUCACUAUGUAGAGGGAGAGAGUCGCUACAUUUGGAUGCCCGAUGGCGAUGGUGUGCCCCAUCUUGUCGAUCUAAAGGCUCCUAUUGACGAAGUAAUGCUCAUGAAUAGAAAUGGAGCUCAUAACACAUACUGGUUGUUUACAAGACAAAACCCAACUAACCGCCAAAUCCUUAUAAACGGUAACGCAAACUCAAUCCGCAACUCCAACUACAGAGGAAACCGACCAACUAAAGUUAUUGCUCACGGAUGGAACAGCAAAGGAGACUCUGACUUGAACCCUGCUAUUACAGCUGCAUUUCUUGCGAAUGCCGACGUCAACGUUAUCGUCCUUGACUGGAGCAGAGCUGCCAGUGGAACAUACACCUUAUCUGUCCGUGCAGUUCCAGACGUUGGCAGACAUUUGGCUAAUUUCCUUCAGUUUUUAUUUAACACAGCUGGGGGAAACUGGAAUAACGUCCACUUGGUUGGACACAGUCUGGGAGCUCACGUUGUUGGUAAUGCUGGCCGCUUUGCCCCUUCUCGCCCCGUUCGUGUUACUGGAAUGGAUCCCGCUGGACCACAAUGGGGUGGUAAUUCAAACGCUUUAAACCGGAACUCUGGUGUAUUUGUUGAGUCCAUCCAUACGGACGGCGGUCUUCUGGGUAUCAUGGAUCCUAUCUCCCACGCUGAUUUCUACCCCAAUGGAGGGCGAAACCCUCAGCCUGGCUGUUGGAACAGUGCCUGCUCACACAGCCGCGCCCAUGAGCUUUUUGCCUCCAGUGUCAGAACAAAUCACUUUGUCGGAAGGCGCUGCAUCAAUCUCCAAGAGGCCCGUAAUGUUCAAUGCAGUGGUGCAUCUUUGAACAUGGGCAACGCUUUAUUAAAUAAAAGAGGGUCUGGUCUUCAUGGACUGCGUACUGGUUCGAGCUGGCCAUUUUAAAACGUUACAGAAUUAAAAAAUAAGAUAAUUUUAUGAAUUUAACUAAAUAUAAACCUCGACAAACUGAUUAUAAUUAUCACCUUUGCUUUGGCUUUUCACCUUUGACUUUAUAUUGUACACUGUGCGUAAACACUGUGCAAGGAGUACGAGGCGUCGAGGGCGAUUGUCCGAGGAUGUGAAGUUCCUUCAGUAAGCUUUCAACUGAAGUUAAGCGGUGACGUGGACGUGCAAUGUAGGUAACCCCAAAAGUUAAAAUGUGUACCUACAUAAAUCAUCGUAGAUAACUCGCAGCAAUGCUCAGUUAGGGUGUG